CCUGCCUGUCACAUUCCCCCGCCUGGCCCCGGGGGGAUUGGGGAGGGGCCGGUGGAGCUUGGUUCUGAGCCUGCCCAAGCAGGAGUUGCAGGGCUGGGCGGUGUCCUGAGGGCCCGAGAGCCUGUCCCUGCAAAGGACAGAGUGGCCACGACUGCAGGUCCCACUCGUGGGCCCAGGAGGGCAGAGGAGGGAGCCCAGCGGGGGGCCUUGUGCCCCCCCCCCCACCAGCACACCCUCCGUCCCCCGGGCUCUGAGACCCUGGAGCCCGUCUUGAGGAGAGGGUGUCCUACGAGAUGUUGACCUUCACGCCCUUGGUCCCCUGGCUCUCACCGGCCUUGCCCUCCCUUCCCAGGUAGCCUCAUGGCUGCAACCUGUGAGAUUAGCAACGUUUUUAGCAACUACUUCAGUACGAUGUACAGCUCGGAUGACCCCAAUCUGGCCUCUGUUCCCCCUGCCGCCGCCUUCGGGGCCGAUGACCUGGUGCUGGCGCUCAGCAGCCCGCAGGUGCCCCUGGAGGGCACAGAGAAGGCCAGCUGGUUGGGAGAGCAGCCCCAGCUCUGGUCCAAGGCCCAGGUCCUGGACUGGAUCAGCUACCAAGUGGAGAAGCACAAGUAUGACGCCAGCACCAUUGACCUCUCGCGCUGUGACAUGGACGGGGCUGCGCUCUGCCGCUGCGCCCCUGAGGAGCUGCGCCUGGUCUUCGGGCCCCUGGGGGACCAGCUCUACGCCCAGCUGUGGGACCUCACUUCCAGCUUCCCCGACGAGCUCAGCUGGAUCAUGGAGCUUCUGGAGAAGGACAGCAUGGCGCUUCUGGAACCCCUGGGGGACCAGGGCCCCUUGGACCAGGGAAGCCCCUUUGCCCAGGAGAUGCUUGAGGACUGCAGACAGGCCAGCCCCUUCUACCCGGGCAGCUUCGGCACGGGGGCCCCCUCCCCGGGCAGCUCUGACGUCUCCACCGCAGGGACUGGCGCUUCUCAGAGCCCCCAGGCCUCAGACUCCGGUGGAAGCGACGUGGACCUGGACGCCCUGGACAGCAAGCUCUUCUCUGGGGACGGCUUUCCCGACUACAAGAAGGGGGAUCUUAAGCAUGGGAAGCGGAAACGGGGCCGGCCCCGAAAGCUGAGUAAAGACUCCCGGGAGUGUCUUGAGGGCAAGAAGAGCAAGCAGGGUGAGAGGGGGCCCUGCACGGUAGGGGGGGCCCUGCACGGCUGGGGGACCCUGCACGGUGAGAGGGGGCCCUGCACGGCCAGGGGGCCCUGCACGGCUGGGGGGCCGUGCAUGGUGAGGGGGACCCUGCACGGCUGGGGGCCGUGGUGGGGCCGGUGGGUCCUCUCUCCUGAGCUGGGCCCUCUACAUGUUCCUGUGCACGGGGCCAGGGUGCGCGUGGUCACUGCCCGGUGGCAGGGCCUGGCUGGUCCUUCAUGGUGCAUGUGGCGGUGGAGCCACGGGGGCUGCAGGAAGGGUGGGGCUGAGGUCCAGGCUUCCUGCCCACCCCUCGUCCUGCCUGAGGGACACACUUGCUGGCGGGUGCUGGGCAGGCUCAGGCAGGGACAGUGGCUCGGCCGCUGGACGGCCCAUCCACCGAGGGCCAUGCAGGGGUAGCCCUUCCACCCACCAAGUCCCUGCCCCCUGGCCUUGGCCCUUGCGUGGGCUCCUGCCGCCAGAGCCACCGGGUGGGCCCCCGCAGCUCCUUCUCAUCUGCACAUGCACCCCUCCCACACGCACUGGGCCUGUUUGCUUCUUGGGGUCAUUCUUCCCAGGAAGCCGUCCCCUUGUGUCCCAGGCCAGUGCCAGCUCUGUGGUCCUGCACCUGCUGAGCUCUCACCACCUUUUGCUGUAUCUGCUUUUUUACCGUGACCCCUCGAAACUGUGAGACCCUCAAUGCGGUCCCAUGUCUCAACCGCUCUUGUAUCCCAGCCAGACAUUUGAUCAGUACCUGAGCGAGUUAAACCUCUGUGCCGUGCAAGACGUGGUCUUCCUGGAGCUUCCCCGGCUGUCCCGUGGGGGAGGCCAGGAGGGAGGCAGCCGCCAGUAGGCUGUGCGCCGGGAUGGGCAGCGGUCGUGGGGGUCAGGGGUCGCCUGGGCCGCUGAC